AACGUUGAAAACACUAAAAAUUAGUCAGUUAAUGGUCGAAAAACGACGUCACAAAUUACCAUACCUCCAUGACCCUAAAACCUCUAGGACACACUUUAUCAAAAAAAAGUAAAAACCCGCGCGAUAAACCCCAAGUUAACGACUUUCACAAAACACAAAUUCCACGUCCAACUCCACAAAAUGGAAGACAUUGAACAAAGUAAAAUCAGAAAAACACACUUGAAACCACACCCUAAAGCAUCAGCGAAUUUCCUCUCACAUUUCUUCUUCUGUUGGGAAUUACCUUUAUUCGUAAAAGGGUGGAAGAAAGAACUGACCGAAGACGAUCUUUACGAACCACUUGACGAAUACAAUUCCACGAUUUUAGGCGACAAAAUCGAAGAAUUAUGGCGCCGUGAAACAACAACAAACAAAAAACCCUCACUUUUAAAAGUUUUAAUCAAGUUAUUUGGGCUUGAAUAUGGACUUUACGGACUGUUCUAUCUACCAGCAGAACUCGCAGUCGCCCUCCUGCAGCCACAUUUUUUACGCAAACUGUUGGAAUUUUACACGCCGGAUGGUAACAUCACGCUCAGAAAAGCCUACUUUUACGCUCUAGGCCUCACAAUUUUCUGUUUUGUGCGAGUUUUUGCCUUCCAUUGGUUCGCGUUUCAAACCGCUGUCUUGGGCAUGAAAAUCAGAAUUGCCUGCUCUUCACUUGUCUAUCGUUCGAGUCUCCAAUUGACCAAAACCACAUUUGAUAAAAUCACAGUGGGACAAAUUGUUAAUCUAUUAUCAAACGAUGUGAGCAGGUUUAACCAGUUUGGGCCCUUUUUACACUCGCUGUGGAUUGGACCAGUUGAGCUAAUACUUGGGGGCUAUUUCAUUGAUAAACAAUUGGGACAUGCGGCCCUUUCGGGCAUCACGAUACUAAUUUUCUGUCUUCUGCUUCAAUUGUUUGUUUUGAAAAAACUAUCGAAAUUUCGACGCCAAGUAGCGGAAAAAACUGACUAUAGAAUCCGAUUGAUGAACGAUAUUAUUAGCGGAAUCCAAGCAAUCAAGUUCUACACUUGGGAAAAACCAUUCGAGACUUUAGUACAACUGGCCCGAAAUUCAGAAAUUACGAAAAUAACAAACGCCAACAACUUUCGCCUCUUCAACAACACCUUCAAAAUCUACUUAUCAAAAUUUUCAGUUUAUCUCUGCAUCCUUGUGGUGGUUUUAACCAAAAAAAACCUCACCCCCCAGUAUUUAUUCGCGCUUACUAGUCUCUACGAAAGUUUCAAACUAACAAUUACAAUCUUCAUCCCUUUUGGCGUUGUUAUGUUAUCAGAAACGUUAAUUUCGGUUCAAAGAAUCGAAGAAUUUCUCCUACACGACUUCACACCUUGUGUGAAAAAAACACCACUCGAGUCAAUUUUCACGACACUCGCCAACCUCGAGAAACAAACCCCGAAAAUCGCCCUCGAUAAAGUCACAAUCAAGCUAAACCAAAGCGAGAUUUUAACUGGUGUGAGUUUUAAUGCAACUCCGGGCCAGUUUAUUGCAAUCAUCGGACGUGCAGGAAGUGGUAAAACAACCCUCCUGGAAACCGUCCUCCGGGAAAUCACCCCCACGUCCGGAACCGCCACAAUCACGGGAUUAGUUUCAUACGCGCCGCAAGAACCGUGGAUUUUCUCCUCGAGUAUUAGACAAAACAUCGUCUUCGGCGAGGUUUACGACGCUCGGAGGUACCACCAGGUGGUCAAAGCGUGCGCUUUGGAGCCCGACUUUGCCCUUUUGCCGCACGGAGAUCAGACUUUGGUUGGCGAACGCGGGGUUAUGUUAAGUGGGGGGCAAAAAGCCCGCAUUAAUUUGGCCCGAGCUGUGUACAAAACGUCCGAUUUUUACCUCUUUGAUGACCCGCUUUCGGCUGUUGAUACACACGUGGGGAAAUGGAUCUACGACGAGUGUUUUUUACGGCUCUUGGGCGGAAAAGGCAUAAUUUUGGUCACCCACCAGACGCAGUUUUUGCACAAUGUGGAUAAAAUCUACGUCGUGGAAGACGGAAAAGUCAAAUGCCAGGAGUUACAAAACGUAAAAAUUGAACCCACGAAAGUGGUCCAUGACACAAUUUUGAAACAACACGAUUUGCAAAACGAAGUCAAGGAGCACCGAAGUCGGGGAAACACCGACGCGAAAAUCUACUCCUGUUAUUGCAAAUCUGCAGGGAGCAAUUAUUUAACCUUCGGUGUUUUGCUUCUUUUCGCUUUGGGUCAAUUGUUCGGCAGUUUGGGCGAUUUUUUUGUCACAGUUUGGGUGAAUUUCGAGAAAUCGGGUUUCCUGGCACGGAUUGAUUGUCUCUACAUUUACACGGGACUUGUGGUUUUGAUGAUUCUAGUAAUACACUUAGCGUCGCUUUGUUUCUCUUUUUAUUGCAUGAAUGCGUCCAAAGUUUUACACCAGAAUAUGUUAGCGAAAAUUAUCAAAAGUCCGAUCAAAUUUUUCAAUCAACACUCGUCGGGGCGCAUUUUAAACCGCUUUUCCAAAGACAUCGGAUGCAUAGAUGAGUUGUUGCCCACGAGUUUGAUGAACAUUAUUACGGCAAUUUUCACCGGAACUGCCAUAAUUAUUAUUAUAAUUGUGCUGAACUAUUGGAUGAUUUUUCCGACGGUUGUUCUGCUCUUGUUUACCGUCCUUUUGAGUAUUUUGUUCCAACCGAGCAACCGGAACAUUAAACGGACCGAAGGGACUACCCAAAGUUUCAUCUUCUCGCACACGUCGGCCACGCUCCAAGGCCUCCAAGUGAUAAAAUCCUCCAACUGCCAAAAGCAACUAAUCUCCGAAUUCGACAACCACCAGAACUUCCACACUUCAGCAUUCUACCUCUUCACAGCAAUGUUUUCGGCUUUUGGCUUCUGGGCCGACAUUUUCGCCGGAUUGUACACAGCCAUAGUCAUUUGGAGUUUCUUCCUUUUGGAGAAAACACACGCCGGAGAUGUGGGUUUAGCAAUAACCCAAUGUAUCGGCUUGGUCGGAAUGAUCCAAUACGGUAUGAAAACCUGGAGCGAACUUGACGCUUACAUGACUUCCGUUGAACGCGUCAUUGACUAUUCCGAACUAGAACCGGAACCCGAUGACGGAAACCACCAACCGGACUUUUGGCCCGCCUCCGGAACCCUCACUUUUGACUCAGUUACGUUGAAAUACAAACCGGAGGAUCCCCCUGUUUUGUCAAACGUGAGUUUCCGGGUGAAUUCCGGCGAAAAAAUCGGAAUAAUUGGGCGAACCGGAGCCGGAAAAUCGUCACUAAUUUCCGUCCUGUUCCGGUUAUUCCCCUUCGACGGGACCGUCAAAAUCGACAAUAUCGACACCAAAACCCUGCCACUUGACACCCUAAGGUCCAAAAUCUCGAUCAUCCCACAAGAACCCGUUUUAUUUAUGGGAACGUUGCGGAAAAACCUCGAUCCCUUCGACCAAUUCACAGACGAAGCGCUUUGGUCAGCCCUGGAUGACCUUGGGCUGAAGCCCACCGUUUCGGUACUUCCCCGAGGCCUCCAUAAUGAAGUUAGCGAACGCGGGGCGAAUUUUAGCGUCGGCCAGAGACAGCUUUUGUGUCUCGUUCGAGCAUUGUUACGAAAUAGCAAAAUAAUCGUCCUUGACGAGGCCACAGCCAACGUCGAUGCCGAAACCGACGAUUUAAUCCAAAAAACAAUUCGGCGAAAAUUUCGAGAGUGUACAGUUUUAACAAUAGCGCAUCGUUUGAACACCGUUAUCGAUUCUGAUAAGAUUCUGGUCAUGGAUGCCGGGAUUGUGGUGGAGUUUGACCGACCGGAGCGACUUUUACAAAACCCGGAGAGUUUUCUCAGCAAAAGUCUUAAUUCUGCUGUGUCAACUGCAUUGCAAAAAUAAUAAAAUUGAUAAUUGUCGCAACCAUGCUGAU